GGAGGGGGGCGCUCGAGCCACGUCGGUGAAACAAAUCAACGGUUGAAGGCAGAUUACAAAGAGGGUCCCUGCUGCUCAACCAGGAGCAGGAGAUCCAGGGCCAUGUCAACGCCAGAUCCCCCCAUGGGAGGCACCCCUCGCCCAGGUCCCUCCCCUGGUCCGGGUCCUUCCCCUGGCGCCAUGCUGGGCCCCAGCCCCGGGCCCUCCCCAGGCUCCUCUCACAGCAUGAUGGGCCCCAGCCCUGGUCCUCCGUCCUCUGGACACUCGCAGCCAGGACCCUCUGGAUACGGCCCUGACAACAUGCACGCCCUGCAUAAACCUAUGGAGGGUAUGCACGAGAAGAGCUUGAGUGACGAGAGCCGCUUCAGUCAGAUGAAGGGACUGUCUAUGAGACAGGGCGGGCACAGUGGGAUGGGCCCCCCACCCAGUCCUCUGGACCAACACUCACAAGGCUACCACUCUCCAUUAGGCGGCUCUGACCACUCCAGCCCCGUCCCUUCAAAUGGUCCUCCCUCUGGACCUCUUAUGCCAUCGUCCUCUUCUUCCUCAUCCUCUGGUGGCCCUGGCUCUGCCUCUACGCCUUUAGAUGGCCCCAGUGCAGAUCAGCACACGUUGGGUCCUAACAAUCGUCCAGGUCCUCCAGGCAGCUCUGGACCAGGACCCAACCCUGGACCCAAUCUUGGGUCUAAUGUCCCUAGCCUUGGUUCUGGUCUCGAAACUAGCGGCCCUACUGGCCCUGCUGGCCCUGCAGUUCCUGGUGGCCCUGGUGGCCCGACUCCCUUCAACCAGAAUCAGCUUCACCAACUCAGAGCCCAGAUCAUGGCUUAUAAGAUGCUGGCCCGGGGACAGCCCCUGCCGGACCACCUCCAAAUGGCUGUACAAGGAAAGAGGCCAAUGCCAGGGAUGCAGCAGCAGCAGCCCAUGCCCAGCCUGGCUCCUGGAACUGGAGGGGGACCAGGAGGUGGUCCAACAGGACCAGUACCAGGUCCUGGGCCAAUGGGAUCAGGCUACAGCCGAGCUCAUGGAAUGAUGGGUCCCAACAUGCCUCCUCCAGGCCCAUCAGGGACCCCAGCUGGGAUGCAGGGGCAAAACCCCAACGGACCUCCUAAGUCCUGGCCUGAGGGCCCCAUGGUGAACGCAGCUGCCCCCUCCAACGCGCCCCAAAAGCUGAUCCCCCCUCAGCCCACUGGCCGGCCCUCUCCUGCUCCCCCUUCAGUUCCCCCAGCUGCCUCCCCCGUAAUGCCCCCACAGACCCAGUCCCCAGGCCAGCCGGCACAGCCUACUCCCAUGAUGCCUUACCACGCCAAGCAGAACCGCAUUACUCCCAUUCAGAAACCCUGUGGCCUCGACCCAGUGGAGAUCCUGCAGGAGAGGGAGUACAGGUUACAGGCCCGUAUAACCCAUCGCAUUGCUGAACUGGAGAACCUGCCGGGUUCUCUGGCUGGUGAUUUACGUACCAAAGCUACUAUAGAGCUCAAAGCCCUCCGACUACUUAACUUCCAGAGACAGCUACGUCAAGAGGUGGUGGUGUGUAUGCGUCGUGACACAGCUCUAGAGACCGCUCUUGAUGCCAAAGCCUACAAGCGAAGCAAGCGUCAGUCUCUACGAGAGGCCCGCAUCACAGAGAAACUGGAGAAACAGCAGAAGAUUGAGCAAGAGCGAAAACGUAGACAAAAACAUCAGGAGUACCUCAACAGCAUCCUCCAGCAUGCCAAAGACUUCAAGGAGUACCAUCGUUCAAUCACAGGCAAAAUUCAGAAACUCACCAAAGCUGUGGCCACCUACCAUGCCAACACCGAACGGGAGCAGAAGAAGGAGAAUGAGCGUAUUGAGAAAGAAAGGAUGAGGAGGCUUAUGGCUGAGGAUGAGGAGGGCUACCGUAAACUGAUCGACCAGAAGAAGGAUAAGCGCCUGGCUUACUUGCUGCAGCAAACUGAUGAGUAUGUUGCCAACCUUACGGAGCUGGUCAGAGCUCACAAAGCUGCACAGGCCCUCAAGGAGAAAAAAAAGAAGAAGAAGAAGAAGAAAAAGCUUGAGAAUGCAGAAGGUCAGACUCCUGCCAUGGGGCCUGAUGGAGAGCCUCUGGAUGAGACCAGCCAGAUGAGUGACCUGCCUGUGAAGGUCAUCCAUGUGGACAGUGGGAACAUCCUGACAGGGGUGGAUGCUCCCAAAGCCGGACAGCUGGAGACCUGGCUGGAAAUGAACCCUGGUUACGAGGUCGCUCCCCGCUCGGACAGUGAAGACAGUGAGGAGGAGGAAGAGGAGGAGGUGGGUUGUGUUGAGGAAGAAGAAGAACCUCAGCCUUCUGCAACUCCAGUAGAAGAAAAGAAGAAGAUUACCGAUCCUGACAGCGAGGAUGUAUCAGAGGUGGACGUCCGACACAUCAUUGAGAAUGCUAAACAGGAUGUAGAUGACGAGUAUAGUGGAGCAGCGUUUGCUCGAGGACUCCAGUCGUAUUACUCUGUGGCUCAUGCUGUCACAGAGAAGGUGGAGAAACAGUCCAGCUUGUUGAUAAAUGGACAGCUCAAACAGUAUCAGAUUAAAGGCCUGGAGUGGCUGGUUUCUCUUUACAACAACAACCUGAAUGGGAUCCUGGCUGAUGAAAUGGGUCUAGGAAAAACCAUCCAGACCAUCGCCCUCAUCACAUACCUCAUGGAGCACAAACGGCUCAACGGACCCUACCUCAUCAUUGUACCCCUCUCAACUCUUUCUAACUGGGUGUAUGAGUUUGACAAGUGGGCACCAACAGUUGUAAAAGUGUCCUAUAAGGGGUCUCCUGCUGCCAGAAGAGCCUUUGUCCCUCAGCUGCGUAGUGGCAAGUUUAACGUUUUACUCACCACUUAUGAAUACAUCAUCAAGGACAAACAAGUGCUGGCCAAGAUCCGUUGGAAAUACAUGAUUGUGGACGAAGGCCACCGUAUGAAGAACCACCACUGUAAACUCACCCAGGUUCUCAACACCCACUACCUUGCUCCGCGGAGAGUCCUCCUGACAGGAACUCCACUGCAGAAUAAACUACCUGAGCUGUGGGCACUGCUCAAUUUCCUCCUGCCCACCAUUUUCAAGAGCUGCAGCACCUUCGAGCAGUGGUUUAAUGCCCCUUUUGCUAUGACUGGAGAGAAGGUGGAUCUUAAUGAAGAGGAGACAAUCUUGAUUAUUCGCCGUCUCCACAAAGUGCUACGUCCCUUCCUGUUACGAAGAUUAAAGAAGGAAGUCGAGGCACAGCUUCCAGAGAAAGUGGAAUACGUGAUCAAGUGUGACAUGUCGUCUCUUCAGAGGGUGCUGUAUAGGCACAUGCAAGCCAAGGGGGUCCUGCUCACUGAUGGAUCAGAGAAAGACAAGAAGGGCAAAGGAGGCACAAAGACACUGAUGAACACCAUCAUGCAGCUGAGAAAAAUCUGUAACCAUCCUUACAUGUUCCAGCAAAUAGAGGAAUCCUUUUCUGAGCAUUUAGGAUUCUCUGGUGGGAUCGUCCAGGGUCCGGACCUGUACCGGGCAUCAGGAAAGUUUGAGGUGUUGGAUCGAAUCCUGCCGAAGCUGAGAGCCACAAACCACAAAGUGCUGCUCUUCUGUCAGAUGACCUCACUAAUGACCAUCAUGGAGGACUACUUUGCUUACCGAAACUUCAAGUACCUUCGUCUUGAUGGCACUACGAAGGCUGAAGACAGAGGAAUGUUACUGAAGACAUUCAAUGAUCCAGAGUCAGAGUACUUUAUCUUUCUCCUGAGCACAAGAGCUGGAGGCCUCGGCCUCAAUUUGCAGUCUGCUGACACUGUGGUUAUUUUUGACUCCGACUGGAACCCACAUCAGGACCUGCAGGCUCAGGACAGAGCCCAUCGUAUUGGUCAGCAGAAUGAGGUGCGAGUUCUGCGUCUCUGUACAGUCAAUAGUGUCGAGGAAAAAAUCCUGGCAGCAGCUAAAUACAAACUGAAUGUGGACCAGAAGGUCAUUCAGGCCGGCAUGUUUGACCAGAAGUCUUCCAGCCACGAGCGCAGGGCCUUCCUACAGGCCAUCCUGGAACACGAGGAGCAAGACGAGGUCUGGGGUCAAGAAGUGUGUCUACGCAUGAAUGAGGAGGAUGAGGUGCCAGACGAUGAGACGGUGAACCAGAUGAUUGCCAGAAGCGAAGAAGAAUUUGACCAAUUUAUGCGCAUGGACCUGGACCGGCGUCGUGAGGAGGCUCGUAACCCGCGGCGAAAACCUCGUCUGAUGGAGGAGGAUGAACUACCCACUUGGAUUAUGAAGGACGACGCCGAGGUUGAGCGACUGACCUGUGAAGAGGAGGAGGAGAAAAUGUUUGGACGAGGUUCUCGGCAGCGGAAGGAGGUGGACUACAGCGAUUCACUGACCGAGAAGCAGUGGCUCAAGUCUGUCUUUCCCAUGCAGGCGAUAGAGGAGGGCACCCUGGAGGAGAUGGAGGAAGAGGUGCGUCACAAAAAGACAACCCGCAAAAGGAAAAGAGACCGCGACCUGGAUCUCCCUGGUCCUUCCUCUUCCUCGGGGGGUCGUGGACGAGGGGACAAAGACGAUGAUGGGAAAAGGCAGAGGAAGAGGGGACGACCGCCUGCUGAGAAACUCUCCCCAAAUCCUCCCGCUCUCACAAAGAAGAUGAAGAAGAUUGUGGAUGCUGUCAUCAAGUACAAAGACAGCACCAGUGGCCGUCAGCUGAGCGAGGUGUUCAUCCAGCUGCCAUCUCGAAAAGAGCUGCCAGAGUACUAUGAGCUGAUUCGCAAGCCGGUGGACUUCAGGAAGAUCAAGGAGAGGAUUCGAAGUCAUCGCUACCGCAGUCUGGGUGACCUGGAGAGAGACGUCAUGCUGCUCUUCCAAAAUGCGCAAACCUUCAACCUGGAGGGAUCGCUGAUAUACGAAGAUUCCAUCGUGCUCCAGUCAGUGUUCACCAGCUUGAGGCAGAAGAUCGAGAAGGAGGAGGAAAGUGAGGGAGAGGAGAGCGAGGAAGAGGAAGAGGAACAGGAGGAAGGAUCAGAGUCCGAAUCUCGCUCAGUGAAAGUGAAAAUCCGUCUGGGCAGGAAGGAUAAAGGUGGAGAUCGAGGGAAAGGACGCAGCCGACGAACAGGACGCACCAGAGCCAAACCUGUUGUCAGUGAUGAUGACUCUGAGGAUGAGCAGGAAGAGGAGCGCUCCCCCAGUGCCACUGAUGAGGAGUCCUGAACUGCACUGUGAUGUGGGAGAGAAGGAGCCUAAAGGGUUAUUCCACCAAAUCAAGCACUACAUAUACAGUAUCAAAACAUGCCUUAGUCAGCUCCAUACACUCUCAGUCAAAUGUUGUAGGUACAAAAACAAAAGAAAGGGAACUUGCAAUACUGUCUGUACAGGUACGGACGCAUACUUAUUUUUAUUCAAUUAGACAUAUGGCCAUCACGAGAAUCCAGGACAAUAUCAUAAAAUAUACAUCUUAGUCAAGAUUUGCAUUCAACUUUCUUCUGCUGGGCUUUAGUCUGAAAAAGUGCACAAAGGGAUCAAAUGAACUUUUUGUCAUUCUCUGCAAUUUUAGCAGUUUUUGAUCAUUUUUACUGAGAAUGUUGUGGCCAGAUAUGUUUAAAAAAAAUAAUAAUUAAAUUAAAUUGACCUAAUAUCUGUUUACGUGUUUGAAGAGAGUGACUGAGAAGAAAAUUACACUGUGGAAGGUAAGAAUGAGAUAUAAUAGUCGAUUGUGGCAACCCAGAAAAGCCUGCUGCCUGUCGAACACAGUAGAAAAUGCAUAUUUAUUAUACGCCAAGAUGGAAAAAGCUGUUGUGUUGUUUUACAAAAUAACUUUUUCCAAAAAUGGACAAUUAAGUUAAUGUGUCUUCUUCAACCCAUCUUAAAACAUAUGGAAAAUACCCUGAAGCCAUGGGUAAAUUCAUUUUUUAAAAUUCAAACUGCUUCAGUUUUACUUUAUUUCAAGGGUCCCCCUGUUGAGCAUUUAUACACUGUAAACAAACUUUUAUUGAAUUAUUAAUACCACAGUGUAAUGUGGUUGUACACAGCUUUAAGGACAGUUUUAAGUGAAUUUACAUCAAGUUAAUGUAGUUUUUGUUCAAGAUCAGAACGUCUCUAUCAACCUAUAUUAUAAUUCAUCGUCUGUUUUUAUAUCAUCCACUUAUGGCUGCCUGCAGGAGUUAUGGUUAUUGACGAGUACAUAAAAAAUUGAACCGCAUUAAAGUGCUACAAACCAUUUCAUAAAUGUUUAUUUGGUGCUUUUCAAUGCCGAAUAGGGGGUUUGUAGUAAAGUGCUGCCAUUAAGACAGACCUCAUUGAUCUUUAAGAAGGAUAAAGGUUUGCUUUCCUAAACUCUGACACAACUGUGAUGCCUGAUUUUUUCUGUUUUUGGACUCUAGUAGGUCCUUAACUAACCUGCAGAGUAAAAACUGACAUAAAACAGUAAAGUGAAGUCAACACCAUUGAAUGUAAACAGAAACUGUUUCCAGAUAGAGUUGCAUUUUCACCCUGUGUAAAGCCACCACCUUACCUCACCUCACCUUAGGUCUGGAUUAAACUAACCAGGUAUUUCACCUCGGCUUCCCUUCGGCCUCGUGUCAUAACAGCAGUUAGCCUCUCCGGAGCCACCGCAACCACAGAGGUGUGUGUUUAUCACAUGUUUGUGACCUGCGCUCACUGUUUGAGUUGGAUAUCCAGCCUCCUGUGGGCACAGGGUGUUUCCAGACUUCUCAGAAGCUCUUUAGCAACUCACCACAGUUAUUUGACUGAGGUUUUAUGGAGCUGAGGCCAAAUCGCUCUCCAAUAUUGUACAUAUGGUACAGCAUUAAAAACAAUCUACUUUACCUUUGCUGCUGCUUACCUGUUACACUUCCAGUUUAAGCACUUACAAACUUAUAAACUGUUGAUUGUAGAUGUAAAGAAUCAUGAGGUUGUUAUUCAUCGAUGAGUACUGUAACUUUAAUUGCUUCUCCGUCAGUUGUUGUGUGGUGAUUUUAGGAUUUUGGAACUUUUUCUUCAACUUUGGCACUUUUUAUGUUUUUGAUUUCAAGACAAAGGACCAGAGGGACAGCGGCUCUUCUCUGCUUGUGAAUGCCUCACGGCUGUAUGGUGUUGGAUAUACUGUAUAGAGUAUUUUUUAGAGUAUAAUGUCGAUGCACGUAUGUACAGCUUGCAAGUUCAGUACUGUACUUUUCUCAUUACAGUAGAUAACUAGAGUGAACCAAAGCAUCAAUGUUUUCUCCACUAAAUUAUCAAGAUCUGUCCUGUGUUGUGUUGUGUCACUGUCGCUGGAACUCAGAACGAAACAAUAAAUCGUUGACGUUGUGUGAUGUAGUGCUGUAAUUAAACUAGUCGCAAUGAAUCAGCAAGGAUUUUGGCAAUUGAUAAACAGUUUGAGUCACUUUGCUGGUUUCUGAAGUGAUGUAUGAUAGAGAUGGAUAAACUGCAUAUUUCUGGGGUUUGGACUGUGGGUUGGACAAAAUAAAUAUCAUCUUGA